AUGUCGUCUUCCGAACCUUUCACCCCCGCUUCCUCGGAGUACAAUCUCCAAACCCGAUCCCGUUUAUUCUCACUGCCGCCCGAAAUCCGACAUGAAAUAUUCUCUCUAGCCGUGGUGGGCACACAAGAUGCAGUCAAAUCUGUUGAUCGGAAUACAUAUUACGGGCGUCCGGGAUACGAAACUGUGCCUUGUAUCUUCACAGAGCUCCUACGCACCUGCAAGCGGAUCUACAUGGAGACAUGGUCUAUGCCACUUCUCUUAUCGGAGCAUGCUUUUUGUCUAUCCUCGGAUGGACGGUCGCCAAAGGGCACUCUGUCAGUUUCUGAAAUGCAGAAAGGUCUUGAUUUGAUUCAUAAACGCUACGGUGAAAUCAAGGGUGGCAGAGUGCGGAUCUUUUCACAAUUAAAGGCCCUUGAAGCAACAAAUGACUUUGGCGGAGUUCUGAACAUGAUAAAUUUCCAUCCCAUGACAGUUACUCUUACCGUUCGUUAUUUAGAUACCUGGAACUGGGAGUGGAAUGAAGAGUUACAUAUCGAUGGUGCGUGGUGUGGGAGGGUUGAGCUACCGGCUAGCGUGACCAAGUUCAACAUCGAGAUUGAGUGCCUCGAGCAUCGGAAGAGUGAAGUCGACUACAUUAUAAAUGGAAUUGCAACGGGCUGGAAUUUUCGGAGGUCUGACGGUGUGACUUUUGAAUCCGAUGAAGAUCCGAUAACGAUUUCUCGAUGGACGGGUGGUUCCAUAUUGCCUGGUCGGUGGCGACAGAUCCGUGAUGAGAGACGUCCGGGUUUCCUGGAUUAUUAUGUUGGCAAGGUCACCUGGCGCCCUUCAAAAAAUCCUCCUACUGAUGAGCGGCCUUCUAAUCCUGCUCUUCGAGUGAAUCGGGAGCGCCCUCUAUACACAGGUCCGUCGAUAGACGCAAUAAUGAGCUCAAUAAACUUUGGGGGACAUCAUUUUCUGGAUCAUUACAGGCAUGAGAAUUUGGGUCCUCUACAGAUGGCGACUCAUGGACCAGCCUUGAUGCUACAGGGCGAAUACCGGAAUUGA